GCGGGGAGAGGGGCGGGAGGCCGUCUCGCUGCGUCCGCGCGCCCUGUACCCGGAGCGGCGGCGCCCCUCAUCUCGGGCCCCUCAGCGCGGUCGCCCACACCCCCGACCCGCGGCCCGGUGUGCGCCAACCCGGCCCCAGAUAGGCCCUGGGGUGACGAAAACUCUCCCUGGACCCCAUACCUGUGUCUGGGGGACCCGAGGAAGCCACUGGUCCCCUCCCUUCCGAGACCUGGAGACGCAGUCCUGAGGGUCCCCCAUUCCCGACCCCUAGGCUCCCUGGAGACCCAGAUAAGGCGCUGCUGACCUUACCAGGGACCCGGGUCUGGGGGACGCAGAUAAGCUGCACCUGCUCCCUCCCUCCGACACGCCUACCCAGACCCACAUAACCCCCUUUCCUGCUCCAGAUAGCCCGCUCUGUACCCUGUUUCAUUUUCCAGACUUAUAUAACCCCCUUUGAGGCUUCCCUCAAAUAUCUGGGUCUGGAGAAGUCGAAUAAGCCCCACCUGUAGUUCCCUCCUCAGUGGCCAUACUCCCAAGCUUUCGACAUCUUCCAUCCCGUUACCCAUUUUGAGACCCUCUUGAAAUUCAGAGGAUACACUUCUGACUAUCCCCAUCCCCCCAGCCUUCCAACCCUUAGAAUCCCCCAUUUCAUUCUUGUGGGGAUCCCUUAGAGACCCAGGAAAGUUGCUCGUGAUUCCUUCCCAUUCUCGCUCUUCCUUCCCAUCCCAGAGACUCCCUCCAGACUUCUCCCUGAAUUUCCUUUGCUUCUCCAGCCCUCAUCCACUCCCAUCUCUCCCAGGCUCGGGGAAUUGAACCUUUCCCACACCACAGUGGGGUGAUCUAAAAGUUGGCCUGGGACCAGGCUGUGGCCCACCUUGGUGGGGAGAAAGGGGCCUGUUAGGUGGAGGAUAUGGGGACAACUGUGUGGGGGAAUCGGUGCUUUCACCUGCAAGCUUAGCCUGUCUCCUGGCUUGUGUGUUUUUCCACCUGUCAGCCAUGGGACUGUGUGUAGAGUCUGGUCUUGGGUUUCUAACCUUUCUCUCCUAAGGUGAGGCCACCAGAUUGGGGGCGGGGGUGUCGAAUCAGGUUUUCUCCCCAUGAAAAUGGGGUUGUGAUGAGUUGCAGCCAUUUGUUCAAGGCCUCCCCAGGAGUGGGAGGCAGCAGGAAUCUGAGGAAAUAGUGAAUCAAAGAGACUCCAAAGAGGGCCCAUCUACACUGACAGAAGAAUUAGCAGCCUGAGAGUAAAUCCAACCCCUGUUAAUCCUGUUUGAUGUUUCUUGGAAUGAUGCAAGUCAUUGAGACUCUCCAGCCUCCCUGUAAUUUAAUUCUCCCACCACUCUGGAGUGGGCGGGGGGGAAGGGGGCGACAGCAUUCCCAUUUCCCCUCUUCUCACUGUUUUCCAGCCAACCAGUGUGUUUUAGGAUUUGUUUCUGGUUCCGAGAUCAGGAUCUGUUUUUUGUUUUGUUUUGUUUUGUUUUGUUUUUUCUUUCCUCUAAGUCUAUUUAUAAUUUCCCAGUUGCUAUUUUGGGUUCUGCUUAAGGGAAGAUUCUACCCCAAGGAACGUUCUGGGUCUAUUUCCUCCGGCAGGUGUUGAAUUGAGUUCUUCAGAUCCCCAAGUAACUCUUGGGCAGGAGGAUAAAAGCUAUUUUAGGGUAGUCACUGAAGUGGAGCUGUUAAUCCUCUGUGGGUCUCUUUAGUUAAGAACACUCAAAGAUUAACCCUUUCCUUGUGCAAGGGUGUUAUCUCUCAACUGUGUUUUAGGGGGGAGUGAGGAGAAUUUGAGUGUGGCAGCAGAAGGUGGAAACAUGCAACUCAAUACAAAGACAAAGAUAAUAGCUCUCUUUUGUUGGGUACUUCUAGCAGGCCAAGCCCUGUGCUGAGCCCUUUGCAUACCUCACUAAAAUAAUCCUUACAGCAAGCCUGUGAGGUAAGUAUUUUUAGCUUUACAGAUGAGGAAACAGGCUAAUAAUGGAGAAAGAACGCAGUUUCUAUAGAGAUGAUGUAACACCAUAAAAACUAUAGUUUCAUCAGAGGGCAGCAGGCAUCAUGGCCCAUAACAGGGGACGGACAGACUGGGGAGAAAUAUGUCUCAGUUUCAGCUUCCAAAGAGGACCAUACAGAGUGUUUAGCAAGCAUUCCUGUUUGGGAUAUGGAGCCCUAAUAAUAGAAGAGAGUAUAGGAAAGUGGCUAUCUGCUUAAGAGAGAACUCUGGUCCAGGAGAUGGUGCCUGGAGGGAGGUAAAGUAAGGGGCUCUUUAAAGGGGAUGUGCCGAGGGUUAGUUGUGAGGGAAAAGGGGAAGACUGCAUUCUGGGGGAGAUGUUGGGAAAGGAAGGAAACUCACUCUGAGGCCUGAGAAGUAACAUUAAAGAGGAAAAAAAGAAGUACUAUUUAGGCCUCAUGCGGAAAAAGAGGCAGACACAGCCGAGACCUCAGAGAAGGCACUGCAUGUAUUCAGAGCACACAUUUUGUAUCAGCCACUUUCAAGAGUAUUAUUUCAUUUAAUCCUCUAUACGAAUCUUACAGGUAAGGAAAAUAAAUCCGUAUUUUAGAAAUUGAGGAAACUGAGGUUCAGAGAAAUAAAGUAACCUGCCUAUGGUUUCCCAGCCAGUAAGUGGCAUCUCUUCUGAUAGCAAGUCCAAGGUUCUUUCCCCUUUCAGAUCAGGCACUAGAAAGAAUCUUAGGCUGAAAAUAUACUGAGUUGUGCCAGUAACUGGGAAGGAUUGUGUUUGUUUUAUGGAAACAGGUUCUGUCAGCUUCUCUAUAGUCUGUAGUUGUUAAGAUUAAAAUGUCAGACCAGAAGAGCAGCUUUGAAAGAGAAGUAGAAUUCUUUCACAGUUUUGCUGAGGAAGGACAAGUCUGAAGGAACAGGCCUUCUGAUUAUGUAAGACAAACCCAGGAAUCUUUCUGGAUCAGAGGAGUUUUCAGACAAAGGGCAGAGAGAGACUAGAUCCCCAAAAGGGUUCCUAGGUAACACUAGCAGCUUUGGUUAUCCAAGAGGCUGCUGGUGACUGUAGGUAGGGACUUCCUGUGCCUUUUGAAAAGUGUAGGAGAGUAGGAUCAGGGUGUUGGCUCUUUUCUUUGUGAAGACAUAGCCCCAUUAAAAGCAGAUCAAGGUGAGCACAUGGCUGCUGCUUUCCUCCUUUGGUUCUAUCAGUACAAGCUGCUUAGCCACCACCAGCCUCUUUCCUAGAAGCCCAUUACUCACUCUUUCAGUAGCAGCCUACUAAACUAUUGUGUCUUGUUUGUGCUUGUUCAGGAGAACAGAUGAGGUGGACGUGUGGGAGGUGGGGACGUAAUGUUCUCUUUCUGAGUUUGUGUGGAGUUUCCAGGGCUAGGCUCCUCUCUCACAUCAGCCAAACUGAUGUGACUUGUUUCCUUCUGGCUGCCAUUCCCAACUUUCCAGAGGCUGAGGUGCAUGAUUUCAAAUUGACCGGGGAGUAGAAUUUGACUUUGAAGGUAGGGGUAAUUCCCUCCAAUCUAAACAUGCACACUCGAGCACACUCUCUGCUCGAUUCCAAGGUGCAUAGUAAUCGCUGGUAUUACAAACAGGUAAUUCCACCCUUGCAAAGGAGGAGGGGACUUAAACAAUGAAAGCCAGACGUCACAGGCCUUUGAGGUUUAUAGUGAAGCAGGCACAUAUGCCAUAAUGACUUGAAGACUCAAGUGGGACUAGUUUUUAGUGCUACCUACCCCUCCCCAGCAUGUGAUUCAUGCAAAAUGCAGCCACCUUAAUGCAGAUCUUUCUAGACAAAUCUACACUCGUGAUGGGGACGUGUUUAUCAUAUUACAUCGCAGUGUUUCUUCAACAAGAGGAAUGGUUCCUGAACAGGACGUAGCUCAUGUUAAUGAUGAGCAAAGCUCUCUGGGGCAUGAACCCGCUGAUCCCAUCAUCUUGUUCACAGCCAGUCUGUUGGAUGAAUGGUCACUGUAAGCAGCAGGUGCUAAUGAGCUGAGCAAGCAUUCUGUGGCCCACAGCUAGUUUGUGCAGUUGGAGCCCUCCCCAGAUUCUCGUGGAUAAUCCCCAGACACCCCCUUUUCUCUCUUCACAUGGAAAAGCCUCAUGAUCAAAUUUUGGCAUGAUCUCUUCAAAGGGAAUCCCCCUGUUGUAGCAGGUUGCAUCGUGGUUGGUAAUCUGUGGUGAAGAGAUUGUUUUCUGAAAGCUGCGUUGGAGGCUGUGACAGAGCUGAGAGCCUGUGUGGAGCGGAUGGGGAGGCUUUCUCAAUAACAUGGCCCUUUGCCAUUAGCCUUGCCAUGACCACAUUUUUCACCAGCGUCCCCCCCUGGAUUCAAGAUGCAAAGCAGGAGGAGGAAGUGGGCUGGAAACUAGUUCCCAGGCCUCGGGGCCGGGAGGCGGAGAGUCAAGUGAAGUGCCAAUGUGAAAUUUCGGGGACACCUUUCUCAAAUGGGGAGAAGCUGAGGCCUCACAGCCUCCCACAACCAGAGCAGAGACCAUAUAGCUGCCCUCAGCUGCACUGUGGCAAGGCUUUUGCUUCCAAAUACAAGCUGUAUAGGCACAUGGCCACCCACUCAGCCCAGAAACCCCACCAGUGUAUGUACUGUGAUAAGAUGUUUCACCGCAAGGACCAUCUGCGGAACCAUCUGCAGACCCAUGAUCCUAACAAAGAGGCCCUCCACUGCUCUGAGUGCGGUAAGAAUUACAAUACGAAGCUGGGCUACCGGCGCCACCUGGCCAUGCAUGCUGCCAGCAGCGGUGACCUCAGCUGCAAGGUGUGCCUGCAGACCUUUGAGAGUACCCAGGCCCUGCUAGAGCACCUGAAGGCCCACUCACGCCGGGUAGCAGGCGGUGCCAAGGAGAAGAAGCACCCCUGUGACCACUGCGACCGGCGGUUCUAUACUCGUAAGGAUGUACGGCGGCACCUAGUGGUGCACACAGGCCGUAAGGACUUCCUGUGCCAGUACUGUGCCCAGCGGUUUGGCCGUAAGGACCACCUGACGCGUCAUGUCAAGAAGAGCCACUCGCAGGAGUUGCUCAAGAUCAAGACAGAGCCCGUGGACAUGUUAGGCCUACUCAGCUGCAGCUCCACAGUCAGUGUGAAGGAAGAGCUGAGCCCUGUGCUGUGCAUGGCCUCUCGGGACGUAAUGGGGACCAAGGCCUUCCCUGGCAUGUUGCCCAUGGGCAUGUAUGGUGCCCACAUCCCUACCAUGCCUAGCACGGGCGUGCCACACUCCCUGGUGCACAACACGCUGCCCAUGGGUAUGAGCUACCCUCUGGAAUCCUCACCUAUCUCUUCCCCAGCUCAGCUCCCUCCAAAAUACCAGCUUGGAUCUACCUCAUACUUGCCCGACAAAUUGCCCAAAGUGGAGGUGGAUAGUUUUCUGGCGGAGCUUCCUGGAAGCCUGUCUCUCUCAUCCGCUGAACCCCAGCCCGCCUCACCUCAGCCGGCGGCAGCUGCGGCCCUCCUAGAUGAAGCACUGCUUGCCAAGAGCCCCGCCAACCUCUCUGAGGCCCUCUGCGCUGCUAAUGUGGACUUCUCCCACCUACUGGGCUUUCUUCCACUCAACCUGCCCCCGUGUAACCCACCUGGGGCCACAGGAGGCCUGGUCAUGGGCUACUCCCAGGCUGAGGCACAGCCCCUGCUCACCACUUUGCAAGCUCAGCCUCAAGAUUCCCCAGGAGCUGGGGGACCACUGAACUUUGGGCCUCUGCACUCCCUGCCUCCUGUCUUCACGUCUGGCCUGAGUAGCACCACCCUGCCUCGUUUCCACCAAGCAUUCCAGUAGCCCCCACAGAGGCCCUCAGCUCAGUUUUUGGCUCUGUUAGGGAGCCUUAGUACCCACCCCGUCCGUGUCCCCCAUGAAGGCAGCUGAGCUUUCAGAGCUGGGUUCAAAAAAAAAAAAAAUUCCAGUGUCUGUAUACAGGAGCACUUGGUUUGGGGGUUCAGGCUCUGGGAUCGAUUCCAGAAGGAGCCUUGAGCCCCAACCCCGUGAAAAGAUCUCAUACCGUAGGACUUCAGGUAUUUUUUACUUUUAUUUUUUUGACCUGAAUCGGGAGCCACACUUGGCCCUCUUCCUCUCCAAAGCGCCAGAACCUCCUUCUCUUUGGAGAAUGGGGAGGCCUCUUGGAGACACAGAGGGUUUCACCUUGGAUGACCUCUAGAGAAAUUGCCCAAGAAGCCCACCUUCUGGUCCCAACCUGCAGACCCCACAGCAGUCAGUUGGUCAGGCCCUGCUGUAGAAGGUCACUUGGCUCCAUUGCCUGCUUCCAACCAAUGGACAGGAGAGAAGGCCUUUAUUUCUCGCCCACCCAUUCCUCCUGUACCAGCACCUCCGUUUUCAGUCAGUGUUGUCCAGCAACGGUACCGUUUACACAGUCACCUCAGACACACCAUUUCACCUCCCUUGCCAAGCUGUUAGCCUUAGAGUGAUUGCAGUGAACACUGUUUACACACCGUGAAUCCAUUCCCAUCAGUCCGUUCCAGUUGGCACCAGCCUGAACCAUUUGGUACCUGGUGUUAACUGGAGUCCUGUUUACAAGGCGGAGUCGGGUCUUGCUGACUUCUCUUCAUUUGAGGUCACAUUUUUCCCCCGUGGGGAAAUAAACUGACUUUGGACUGCUUCAGUCUCUGCCAUCUUCCAUGACUGCAUUUGUUCCUGCCUGCCUCGGCGGUAUCCACAGAAGACAGGCAAGAAGAUUGGAGCAGUUUUCUCACAGGUCUGCAAUUCUGUUUUUCUCCAAGUACAUUAUGACCCCCUCAUCCUUCUCUUGAACUGGAGAGGGGAAGAAAUGAAAGGCAUGCCCACAUCCGUCACCUCCCCAUCCCCUAGUCCCCACCUUGAACAUCAUGAGCUGUUGUUAUUAGUCUUGGAAGCAGAGUCUGGGUUGGUGUGGAUAGCAAAGGAGGAAGUCUGAGCCCCUCAUUUGUCUUCCUCCCACCUGUCCCUUUUCCGGGAAGUUGUGGAAUUGUUGGAAAAAGAGUUUGCAGAAAGUUAGGAAUGGGUAGAUAGCUAAGUCCUAAUCUAUGGGUACAUUGUUGUGUCCCAAACCAAAAUUUUCCUUAUCCACAAUGUCCCUUCUGUCUCUUCCACUUUACAGUGGACUCGGCCACUGUGCAUAGGCUUCUCUGCUCUCCAUCAAAUCACUUCCACUUUCCUGUGCCCCCACCCCCGCCUCCAGUUUUCCGCUAGUAUCCGGCAAGGUUUCUUGCAACAAUGAUUAGUUCUUUUCUUCUGACUCGUGGGGCUCCCUGCUGCAGAGAGCACAGCCCUUGCCCGGAGCCCAGGAACCCCAUCCUUGCUUCAUCUCUGUUCUUCAUGGGCUUCACUCUUCCCACUCAUGGAAGGGAGGUAGCUCAGGGACCUCCAUUGUGGGACCCUUGAGACGCUUCCACUCUGAUUCAGAAACACACUUCUACCUCUUUACUGUUAACUCUUAACAGAUGCAGUCAGCAGUUUCUGGGCACUUCUCUCAGUAGGUGCCUCAUGCUGACUUCUCCACUAGGGUUUCAGGACAAACUACCAAGGAAUUGCCUCAGUCUCCUACCAGUCCUCCCUCACUCACCUUCUGUCUAGGUUCACUUGGUUUGUCAUCAGGAACUGAGCAGGUCCAGGACUCAGCUUUCUGCUUCAGCCUAAGCCAGUACUCCUUGUUUGAGGUAAAAGCCUUAAAAUUUAGCUCCCUAGCUCUUGAUUAGAAGCAAUUUGGAGUAAGUGUGUUUUGAUUUAGGCAGGGUAGCUUGGGAUACCUUUUAAAAAAAACCAGAUAUUAAAAUGUCUGGCAAGGUUAGAAUCAGACUAGAUGAUUUGCUUCUAAAAAUUAGUUUCAGUGAGUCCCAGGGACUAAUUAAGGUUUAUUUUAAAAAGUGUCUACCUUGGUACGCAGCCACCUCCUGCAUGCUGUGCAUGUUAUUGGGACUUGUAUUAUAGGCGAUGGUAUGUGAGAAUCCAGUUGGGACUCGCUGUUGCCAUCCUCUUUGUUGUAUCUGGUUUUCAUCACUAGACCCAGCAACCCUUCUCACCUUAACUGCCACCUUCCCUACACUCUCAGUUUACAGAGGCCACUGGGCCUCUGGCUGCAGAAUACAAAGUCCUGGGCUGUUAGAGGAGUCCUUUCCUCUCUGCCUGCCGUUUCCUGUCCCUCCCUCGAAUUCUCUCUCCCCGUAAGUGAUGCUGGAAAAGUCAUAGGACUGGCAAAGCAACUGUUUAAACCCUUUGUAACCGGGGCCUUGCCCCCACCUCCUGUCUUUUCUCCUUGCCUUCCCCACUCCUGUGUCCUCCCAUCUAUCCUGUCUUUCCUUUCCUCCUCUCAGUGUCCUCAGCACCCACAAGGAAUUUUCCUAUCACUGUGAACUUUGCUGGUACAGAGGAAUAAUAUCUGCCUUCACCUUUUUUUUUGGACCAUAGCUAGCCAGUCAUUUCUUAAACCUCCCUUCCUAAAAUCUGGGGGGUCGGGGGCAAAGAAAAAAAAAGCCUUAGUGGCCUGGUUGUUCAAAGGAUAAGAAUAGCUUUAUCCUGCACUCAGUACCCGAACUCACUUCAGUAUGCUUACUGAGGCCAUGAGAACCUGAGGGCAUCUGCCCGGGACAGGAGCCAUGGCAUAUGACAAAGACCAAUGAGGGACCAGGAAAAAAAGUGGUGAUGUCCCCUUUCCCUGCCACCUCCAGCCUCUGCCAGCAAUGAGCUGUCCCCCUCCCACCCUACACUGUAGCUGGUCAGGGCUGAGUACAGUCCUGGGGGUAAGGGGAUGACAUGCCCAAGUGUCAGCUCAAAGGAUCUCUGCAUCAUCUUGAGGUGGGAGGCAGGGAAAGGAGCGCCAAUGAGGUUCCCUGCAACCCCCCCGCCUCCAGCCCACCGCCCAACCUUUUACAAAUGGCAUUUUCUUAAUUGAAAAUCCGGGAAGCAGGUGUGAUUACUUUUUUGCUCGUAGAUAUUGUCCUAAGUUGGAAUUCUCCCACUGCCCUAAAACUUUCCCUAGUAGUCCUUUAAAUUCCCCCCUCCCUUUUUGGUAGCUGUUUUCUCCAUCCUCUCUCCACCUCCCCUCUUAUCUAGGAGCUGUUUGUAAGCACGAUUUUUUUUAACAGGUUAUAUUGUACAGGAUCAAUAUUUUGCUUUUUAACAAGGAUAUUUAUGUAAUAAGAAACUUUGCCUUAGGCAGGUGUUGGCCAGAAAAGUCCAGAUUCCUCUGGGAUCCCACCCUGGCCUCUCCUGGAGCUCUGAACCUGCUGUGGAAGGAAUUGGCCAUGACCUUCACCUCUGGAGAGUAGGGUCUAUGGCGAGGGAAAAGGGUGUUCACCAUGAUAACCUAGUGCCUCCAUAGAGGGGUUUGGAAAAAUUCCAGUCCGAUUUCUUUGUGUGUCAGCUGACUUCCUUAGCUGAUUGUUCCCACUUGCACCUCUCCACCUUUGGCACUAGAACUCCUGAGACACCACUUCUCAUGCUUCUCCCUCCCUACCAGCGGUCAAGGCUUUGGAGCCACUCUUUUGUAACUCCAGAUUAUUUAAAGAGAAAAAUACAAGACAGAAAUCUUCUAGCACUUUGUAAACACAGUGAAUAACCUCUUGGAGUAUUUUUGGCUUUAUAUAAAACAAGGUUUUUAAUUGUAAAGUAUAAGUGCCAUUAGAAAAUGCACAGGGCAUAUCUUUGUUAAAGUAGAUUUUUCAAUGUUUUACAGAAUUACAUUUUCAAAAAAAGGUUUUUAUAAUGAAGUUGUUUAUUAAAAACUUCUGAAUGAUG